UUCCAACAUGGCGUCGGUAGGCACGUUGGAAAAUGCAGCGAGGAAACGGAAAGAACGUUUGAGAGCCCUACGAGAGAAGAAGCAUGAAAACUCCAAAGAUGAAGUAUCGGAACAAUCUGAAAGCGACAAGCUACCUCGACCCAUCUUUAGAAGCUACAAACCACAGGAUGAAGGGCUGAAGGAACACGCGCUGGAUGUAGUUAAACCUGGAGAUGUUGAAAGUGAGGUAAAAAAUCAGAUAGAAGCUGGAAAGACAAAGCACAUUGUUGAAGAAGUGGACUUGCUGAACCUGGCGCCGAGGAAGCCUGACUGGGACUUGAAGCGCGACAUCGCCCCCAAGCUGGAGAAACUGGAGAAGCGGACACAGAGAGCGAUUGCAGAGUUAAUCAGGGAAAGAUUAAAAGCAAGCCAGGAAGAUUUAGCCAGUGUGGUGAAUGCGAGCGAGGCAGUAGCCAGAGCGGACGAGGAUGAUGAAGAUGACUGAUCGUGGACAGGAGACAACAUGGGUCUGGAUGUGGUUAAACAGAACUGUUCACCAAACUUGUGUUCUGAUGAGUCUGCAGGAUUUUCAGCCUCCUAAGUAGGAUCUGUACUGUGAGACUCUCCACAUCCUUCUGAUUAUUCGUCAGAUGGCAACGUGUGUAAGAUGCAACUGACAUACUCAGUGGUGUUUGGAUGAUUACCAGUAUUCGUAUGUGAAGAGAAUACAUUGCUCUCUCUGAGCAUAUUUUUCAUCUACAGGUGGUGAUAACUUUCCUUGAAUAUACCAUUAGAGUAAAGUAGGUUAUUGAGUUUUCUGUUGACACUGCUAAGGGUCUGUGGGGUAGCCUUGUGGUGAAAGCGUUCACUCGUCACGCCGAAAGCCCGGGUUUGAUUUCCCACAUGGGUACAAUGUUUGAAGCCUAUUUCUGGUGUCCCCUGCCGUGAUACUGCUGGAAUAUAGCUAAAGGAGGCGUAAAACCAUACUCACUCACUCACACUGCUAAAUACUUGAAGGUAGCAGCCAAGCAACCAGUUAACAAGUGACUUGAGGGAAGGGUUUGUGUUACAAGAGCACAGCCAAUGUUUUCUCAGUUGUUUCUUUUGAAAGAUUUGUUUAUUCAAGAUUUUUCCAUUGAACAGCUGAGGAGUGCAGAGAGUAUUCCAUGUGACAAAUUUUGACCAUGUGUUCCUUUAGAUCUUGCAGCCUAUUUGGAUGAAUCAAUGACUAUCUUUAGGUGAAUGUUCCAACAUUUACAACUGUAAUUGAUUUUUGUGGUUUUAUCAUCUUGGUUAAGGUAAGAGGACAUCACAUUGCAAGAAAUGAAAAAACCCAGAAGUUGACCACAUUUUGAAGUUUUAUGCAUUUCUCAAAUGUUUUCUCAUGAUUGUUGAUCUGUCUGAAUAUCUGCAUAUGUAUUAUGAACCAUAUAUGUACAAGUACAACUGACCCGUGAAGAUCGGGGGUAGAAUAGGUCUUCAGCAAUCCAUGCUUGCUGUAAUAGGCGACUAUGCUUGUCGCAAGAGGCAAUCAACGGGAUCAGGUGGUCAUGCUCACUGACUUGGU